AUAAAUGCAUAGUGGUUUGGGGCGAUCCAUGUCAGUUUUGACAAACUAGUUCAAAAUAUCUUCACUGCACUAAUAUGUGUUUACUAUGCCUGGACAGCUGUUGAUAACGGUACAUCAGUUGAGAAUGGCAUUAUCAACGCAUUAUCAACAGCUGUCCAGGCGUAGUAUACUAUGUAGGAGCAACACGAUCGCUAGUUUUCCUUCAAAAUACUACUCCUAUCAUUGUAUGACGGAAUGUAGGGCGCAGCGGAACGAAAUAAACGGCUUAUCAGCCUGAUGAUCACUCGAUUUUUCAUUACACUUCAAUACAUCUCCUUAUGCGCAU